AUCAGUUAUCCUAUAGAGAUUUCUUCUGCAGAUCUCUUCUCGCUGCCUUGUUUCGUCUUGAGAUCAUGGAGAUGGAGCGUGUCUUUGAAUUUCCUCAUACCCACCUGGAUCGUCGGCCGAGGAAGAGGGCUCGUUUAGGUUGGGACAUCCCUGAGGUCCCAAAGGGUCAGGUAGGAUUGUUUUGUGGACAAGAUGUUGGAAAUUUUUCAAGCUAUGCACCUUCAAGGGGGCCCUCAGAGCAUACAAAUAAUUCUCUAAAUGUUAAGGGAGUAGCUCGAAAUGGUUCUCCCCCAUGGCGAGAUGAUGACAAAGAUGGGCAUUACAUGUUUGCGCUUGGAGAUAAUUUAACUUCUCGCUAUAAGAUACACAGCAAAAUGGGGGAAGGAACUUUUGGGCAAGUCUUGGAAUGCUGGGACCGAGAACGGAAGGAGAUGGUUGCAAUAAAAAUUGUUCGGGGGAUAAAAAAAUAUAGGGAGGCUGCCAUGAUAGAGAUUGAGGUGCUGCAACAACUUGCUAAACAUGAUAAAGGUGGCAACCGUUGUGUACAAAUACGGAACUGGUUUGACUAUCGUAAUCAUAUCUGUAUUGUGUUUGAGAAACUUGGGCCAAGCUUAUACGAUUUUCUUCGGAAAAACAAUUAUCGCUCAUUUCCCAUUGAUCUUGUUCGCGAGAUUGGCAGACAACUGUUGGAAUGUAUAGCAUUCAUGCAUGAUUUGCGCAUGAUCCAUACAGACUUGAAGCCAGAAAACAUACUGCUAGUUUCAUCAGACUAUGUUAAAGUUCCUGACUACAGGAGCUCUUGCAGAUCACCAAGUUCAUAUUUCAAGAGAGUGCCAAAGUCAAGUGCUAUCAAAGUUAUUGAUUUUGGUAGCACCACGUAUGAGCGAGAGGAUCAGACUUACAUUGUAUCAACACGGCAUUAUAGGGCACCCGAAGUUAUACUUGGACUUGGAUGGAGUUAUCCGUGUGAUAUAUGGAGUGUGGGAUGCAUAUUGAUAGAGCUAUGCACGGGCGAAGCUUUGUUUCAAACUCAUGAGAAUUUGGAGCACCUUGCAAUGAUGGAAAGGGUUCUUGGUCCGUUGCCCCAGCACAUGUUGAAAAGAGUAGACCGACAUGCUGAGAAGUAUGUUCGAAGGGGUAGACUUGAUUGGCCAGAGGGGGCCACUUCUAGGGAUAGUAUCAAAGCUGUAAUGAAGUUGCCUCGGCUUCAGAAUCUGGUAAUGCAGCAUGUGGACCAUUCAGCAGGAGAUCUCAUACAUGUGUUGCAGGGUUUACUUAGAUAUGACCCUUCUGAAAGACUAACAGCUAGGGAGGCUCUAAGACAUCCCUUCUUUACAAGAGAUCACCUUAGGAGAUAGCUUUUUCGCUUGAUACAUUGCGGUGGGAAGCCUGUAACCGCAACGCAAAUUUGUUUUUCGACUGAUAAUUUCCAACUGAUAAUUUUAUGUGGUUGACCCUAAGAAUUCAAUGUAAAUAUCAGAUCAUUGUACCAUGUUUAAUACUGCAAUUUAGCACUCUUAAUUUCUUAUUCA